AAAAUUGCUGGUUUGAUUUGUUUGCCUUAUCUAACAAACAACAGAAUAGGAACCAGAAACCAGAUGGCUCGGUUACAGCCUCCAUGGUUCUCUUCGUUACGCGUCGCGCCUCCAACAAAACUCGCAGGCCUGCCUUCAGUAUCUCUUAAGCCCGCCAAGCGGCUGUGUUGGGCCUUGGGUCCCGACAAUACCGAAUCUUCUGAACCCUCACCCGAAGCCCCAACGGGCCCCGUGGAUCCUGUGAAGCUUGCGUUCAACAAGGCCCAAGCUUAUAAAAAGUCCAACAAAUCGAACCCUGGGUUGGGAACUACGCAAGGGACUGACGAUGACAAUUCCGUCGAAAAGGGAAACGUCGGUGGUGAGGGCCAAAAGGAUUUGCCGGAUUCCGUGAAGAUUGCAAUGGAGAAGGCCAAAAAGUAUAAGCAGAACAAAGGUGUUGCUGUUAGCGAAACAACACAAACACAAGGAUCCUUGGGAGGGAGUGAGAGAAGUUCAGGGGAAAAUGUUAUGGACGACAAGGUUGGUAAGAAGGGAGAACUUUCAGUUUCAAGAAUGGAUUUUGUGGGGCUUGACUUUGCAGAUAAGAAGACGACUAGGGGAUUGCCACCUGGGUUGGUUCCUAUUUCGGACCCUUUCUUUGAUGAUGACUUGCCUGAGGUGGAGCUUAUUGUUGGAGACACAAGCAAGUUUGGUGAGGCAAUGGCUCCAGAAUCUGAACAAGCUAAGGAAGACGAGGCUGAACUUUACAAGCCAAAAGUUUCUACCUGGGGUGUCUUUCCUAGACCUGCCAAUAUUUCAAAAACAUUUGGUGGUGGGAGAGUUAUACGUCCAGGAGAUGUUCUAGAGACUGAAGAAGAAAAGGCUGCUAAAGAAGCACGCACAAAGCAACUACUUGCUGCCUACAAAAAGAAAAUGGGAUUGAAUAUUGAUCCAAAGCUAAAAUCUGAGUGUGAGCAGGCAUUGAAGGACGGCGACUUGUCAAUGAAUGAGGGAAAGCUGAACGAAGCAUUGCCCUACUAUGAGAAGGUCAUGGAUAAAUUAACCUUCGAGAGUGAACUCCACGGAUUAGCUGCUUUGCAGUGGUCGAUUUGUCAAGACUCCCUCAGUAGGCUUUUGAUGCAAAAUGAUGACGUAGGAGCUCCCCUACCCCCUCCCGAGAAUUCAUAAUGUUGGGAAUACAGAACAUGGUUCAAAAAAUCAACUCUAAUUGAAGCGUUGGUUCCCCUGGCUGAGAUGGCUCAGACUUGUUGAAGUUCUUUCUGGAAAAAUGGACCUUUGCAUUUGAAGUGGUGAAACUUGAGCCGUAGUCACAAGCAGGGUUCCAUUGUUAAUUUUGUUGCCUGGUGCAAAGGGAAAGAUAAGAUCUAGUUCAUAGUGAAAUAGCACUUUAAUCAAUGAGCUACCUCAUUCAAAUAUGGUCGCUUUAACAAUUUAACUGUUCCAAAAGUGAAGUUGCAAUCUGUGGGGAAAAUAUGGGAAUGAAAUCCUUGUCAGUUUCCACUGCAGCAUACGAAACUCAGCUAAUAUUUAUUUAGACCUUGUUUUUCUUUAAAAUAAGUUCUAUGUUUUUAUCGCCAUGCCCAUUAAUCUUAGUGGGACUUUGUGUAGGAACAAUUACAGCCUGAAUACUAGAAAGUGGUUAUGUUCAUUUUUAACUGACCCGUUUUUUCCUUUCUCAAGAUUUCCAACGUAUUUUGAUGAU